GUAAUCUAAAUCACAGCCGUUGGUUCUAUCAAUCAGGUCACUGAGACUUCUAUAAAUACCAGAGGAUUCUUAGCGAUGCCCUAAACCCUCGCCGCCUUCUCCUUCGUCUCCCCGUCCGGCGAAGAGAUCACUCCUUCAAGGCGACAAUGGGGAAGACCAGGGGUAUGGGAGCUGGGCGCAAGCUCAAGACCCACCGAAGAAACCAAAGGUGGGCUGAUAAAGCAUACAAGAAAAGUCACCUUGGUAACGAAUGGAAGAAGCCCUUUGCUGGUUCUUCCCAUGCUAAGGGCAUAGUUCUUGAAAAAAUAGGCAUUGAGGCAAAGCAGCCUAACUCUGCCAUUCGUAAGUGUGCCCGAGUUCAGUUGAUCAAGAAUGGAAAAAAGAUUGCUGCCUUUGUGCCCAAUGAUGGUUGCUUAAACUACAUUGAGGAAAAUGAUGAAGUGUUGAUUGCCGGGUUCGGUCGGAAGGGCCAUGCCGUGGGAGAUAUUCCUGGAGUCAGGUUCAAGGUUGUGAAGGUCUCCGGUGUGUCUUUGCUGGCCCUUUUUAAGGAGAAGAAAGAGAAACCUAGGUCUUAAGAAAGCUUUUUGUGUUGUGGUUUUUUAUCAUCUCAAAUUAUGCAGGUCUAGUGUUUUUUCAUUCAAGAAAUUGAACUGUUGUUAUGGUUUUGAUCUCUCGACAGUUGACACUGAUAAUUUUGCUGUUUGUUGCACUCUCAUUUUCACUAUAUUUGUUCAGAGACCAUAUUAUCUUAUCAAAAAGCGUAGAAUUGGAUCA